AUGUGUCCUGUCGACUUCUUUUCUUCUCUUGGCCUAGAUCAAUUCAUGAGUUGGAUUGCUUUUGACACUAGUAUCACGAAAGCCGAUUUGCAACUUCCGUUCCAUGCAGCUGUAUAUCUCUACAAAAAUCUCAGUAUAUUAGUUCUUUCUUUUAGUUGCAUUGUUUGUUUUAGGACUUUAAGUUUGUUUAACAAAUCCUUUUAUAAGUUUCUUCUCUACUCGGAGAAGUAUUUAAGAGAGGUUUAUGUUCCUCUCGAUUCAUCGGGAUGUACUGUACAGGGCAACACCUGCUUCGUGGGUUAUCAAAUAUCAAAAAGUGCUACAUUUCGUAUUGGUGUGGACACAUCUUACAGCACAAAACGAUGCAGCCAAACGUCGAGGUGCCGCUCAGGAUGUCCCGAAAUUCCUCUUUUCCCGAAGAACAACGGGGAUCUCAAGGCAAGGAACAAUGCAGAGCGAAACGUCGGGGUGUCGCUGAGGAUCUUUCUCAAAAUUCCUUUUUUCCUAGAUAUCGGGGACCUCCGAGACAUACUAGAUGAGUCAAACACCCUGUCGAGAGACGGAGGCCAGCAUCGCCGCCGAUCUUUGAGACUGACGAGAUGCCGAGUCCUCGAAAUAUGGAACUACGGCUGUUUUGUUAAGGAGGUCGAGAUAUAUAGGAGUGUCGGCGGCAUGGUGAAUCGUUCUCUGCCUCGCCGAAACUUGCCGAUCGCCAGGGCAAAUCCUUCUCUGCCUAGCCGAAAUCACCCGAAGCGAUGUGCUGGUUUUUGGUUCGUUACCGUUUGUUUCCCCGUUUCAAGUGUACAAAGAUCAUUAUUGGACUCCCCGAAAGGAUUUUUUUCGAGUAUUUUCGGAAUUCAUAGUUUUAAGUCUGCUUGCAACCCUUUGACCUUUCGAAUGCUGCUACCAGGAAGGAACUUUGAGCAAUUUAAGACUAAUUUGCAAGAAGUUAGUGUUGACUAA